AUGACUCAAGAUACUGGAAUUGAGGACUUUGAGGUCGCCUUGGUGCCCAUGCAACUGGAUGCAUUCGUCCUGAAUCCAGCUGUAUGCGGUACGGGCAGUGAUCAAGACACUACGGCGCGCAUCUGUCCCAUCACUCAACCCAACUACACUUUCUUGAGGCUUGAUAGCUUCUUGCUCCAGAGCGAUGUUCAAAAUCACGUCGCUCUGCACAAUACCGCCCCAGCCUCUAUCAAUUCCCGCUUGACUGACCUGGGUGGUCGUCCGGAGCCAAAACCGCUCCGCCAUCGUCAUGGCGUCUAUGUCCAUUGGACACUUCCCCGAUUCUACAGAUCGGGAGUCUCCUCAACCGAUUCUGUACCAGAAUCUAGAAAGAAGAGAGAGAGAAUGCGACGGGGACUUGAUGCUGCAGCCACCGCGGCCAGUGACAACUCCCCUCAUCAAACUCCAGACUUUCUACAGCCUCCAACACGCUGGAUCGUCAUAAGAAAGCUCGAAUUGGAUAGCAUCCAGCCAUCGAGUGCCAAAGAUGCUUUCAAAGACCGAGAGUACGAAGCUUGGGUCGUUGAGAGCGAUUAUGUCUGGUCCUUGGAAGAUAUCCCCAUCCAGGCAGAUCUACAGACUGAUGUAGCGCCGUUCGUGCUCGGACACGCCGGCACUGAUGUCAACAUCAAUGAGCAAGCUGAGGUCUUUAUCGGGCGCAAGACACCAUUGGCUGAGUGGACUGAGAAUCCGAACCCCACUGUUGAACCUCCAGACAUCAGUCUCCUGCGAAGUGGAAACCAGCUCUUUGCUGACUUCCAGAUGCACAAUGCCAAUGUCUUCAGCAUCUUGGACAACUUCGAAUAUGGAGAUAAAGAGGAGCCAUCGUAUCUGGACUACGCCAAAGCCAGCUACUACGUGCUGGGAUGGCAUUGGAAAGACACCGUUGAUCCCCUCUGGAACGCGGGUGUCGAGUUCACUCAUGGAGAGAACUUGCAGUCCUUCUUCAUGACCCUUCAAGGGACAGAUGAAGCAAAUCCCGACCCAUGGAUGGAUCUCAAAAGUCAAAUCCGCAUCCUCUGUCAUGGUUGCAUGUACGACGUGGCCUGGGAUCACGAGAACAAACCCAAGACUGUCCCAGCCGAUGGAUUCAACGAUCGUCUGCGCGAUCCGAAACAGGCUGCAGUCGCAGUUGGUACCACUCCAAUGGAUGCGUUAUUAGCUUAUUGUCACGCACGCGGCGACGCCAGCGGGGAUUCAGAGGAUGUCGCUAAACUAGAGGAAGAUAUCCUGGCCCUUGAAUCUCUCCUUCAAUCGCGCGAUGAUGGUGUCGAGGGUCAGAGAGAGGCCAAGGACUCGGUCUAUAACUGGUCCUACGAUCGCUCUCCAGGUGGCACACGAUAUUUCUUCGCGGAGGCUGAUGAUAAGAGCACGAACCAGCCCAAGGAGCCUGACCCUCUAGCCAUCCAGAACUCUUGCAACCGAGCGAUGCUGCAGUAUCGCUGGGACAUGUUUUCUCUCUGGUGGAAAUACGCCAGCGAUCUAGGCCAGAGCGAUAAUCAGGGCAACGAUCAGAAUGAAGCAUUCAAGGCUGAAGCUGGCAGGAUCUCGAGCCGUAUUAAUGGACUCCAAACCCGCAUCGGACAACUUGAAUCACAGGUCGCCACUCUGUUAGGAAACAGCCUCUUGGCCACGGUGGAGUCGACAAGUGAGCCUGUCUUCUACGGUGGAAAUGAUCCCACCGUUCUCAUUGGUGGUAUCCCAUCUGGUUGGGCGCUUGAUUAUCUCGAUAAUCUCGCUAUUCGGGCCCCAUAUCAGACCAUUCAAAGCGAUCAAGAUCUACCCAGCAACCUUAACACUAUCUCAAGUCUGGUCGACAACAAACUGCCCACUGUCUUGACAGCAGCUGCCAAAGCACUCAUCACCGAAUUUCACGCUCUCCGUCCUGGAGGCAAUGACUCAGGUACACCAGGCGAAGGCAAAUUCUAUCCUCAAUUUCAUGACGAAUUGACUACCGACAAGCGCUGGCGUGACCAAUGGGGUGACAGACAGCCAUGGUUUCCUCUCUACGCUGAGUGGGAGGCGGAAUACACUCACAUUCCGUUUGAGUUCUGGAGCUUAGAUGAACACACCGCCCGUCACUCCGAGAACAAGCUGGUCAGAUAUGGCAUCAGUGUUCCCUCUGAUAGCGACACAACUCCACCACUUUGGGAUGCUUUGUCCAAGUGGCAGGGUGAGAAGAAGCAGGACAUUCGCGUCUUGUCUGGCCGUGUCUUGAUUCUGCCUCAGCCCAGCUUUGCAUUGGGUGCCAAGAUCAAGCAGCUUUUCCAGAACACCCCGCCCAGUAUUCUCGACGAGUAUCUUCCAGAAGAGGAUCGAGACAAUCUCCUUGCAAACAUCAGUGAAUUGUCCUAUCUCUCAUCACCACUCUCGGGUUUCAUGAGUGGCCUCGUCACACAAGCAGAAGGCAGUCAUCUCAAGCCCGAAAACAAAGUCGUCGGUCGCGACGGAGAGUCAAGCUCUGUCCUCACAGCGGCAACCUUUGACCCCGCUGGCCUGACACAGGACAAACUGCAGCUCAUCGACGGUAACUCAGCGCUUACCCCGUACGCCGCGUUGGUCAACUUCACCGACAGUGAGCACUGCCCCUUCAAGCCUGUGACGCACGGCCAGUUCCGGUUCCGCAAGUUCAACGUCAUCGACAAGUUUGGCCAGUCGCUCAUGGCCAUUGAUCAGCGACCACGAAGGGAUGGGCCACCGCCAAUUUACCCCUGCAUAAGCAACUUUUAUGCUCCGCAGGAGGUCACACUAGAUGGGCAGAAGUACGCGAAUACGGUGAUCAAAGAUAAUCCGGAGCAGUCUGAGUUUCUGCAGCUGCAACCGCAGAUGAAUCAGCCGGCGCGCAUCAACGCCAAGUUUGUCAGACGCAUCGCUGACGAUCCGAGUGGCAGCCCAGCUUCUCCAGGCGCCGCGACAUGGCGGCCUGUCACGGAAUGGGAGACGCCAAUAUGGGGAUGGGUCAUCACCAACUAUGCCGACUACGGCAUACAGAUCUUUCUCCCAGACGGAACAUUCUACCGUGAGGUUCGUGUCGGCGGUCCUCUGGGGACUCUCCAGUCACCCAAGUGGCUACCCUUCAGUCCUGAUCCAGAUGCACAGCCCACUCCUGAUACACGAGAGCUUGAUAUUCUCAUCUCCAAGUUGGCUGAUCCGAAGUAUCUCCUCGGGUUCUGGGGCAUGAUAACGACGGCGCAGCAGAAGCUACCUCCAGCUCCUGACUCCUACGCGCAGUUCCUCAACUCCAUCGUAGGGAAGCCACUUGCCCUCGUCAAUACGGGCUGGUCCGUUGAGCUGAGCGGACCGCCUCUUGAUAUCCAAAGUACUCAGGUCAAGGUGGUUGAUCCUGAGCGCACACUCCUGAAGCCAUCGGAUGCUGAUGACAAAACCCCAUACUAUGAGCUCCAGCUAAGGCUCGGAAAUGAAGAGGCAGGUUACGAUGGACUUGUCGGUUACUUUGACACAACGGGUCCUGGGUCUGAUGAGUUGAACUAUGAUCAGAUCAAGACCUUCUUCACUCCAGAUGGCAACUCUACGGAUCCAUUGAUUCGUCUUGAUACCGACCAGUAUCCAAUCUUUAGUCCCUUCUGGCAGCCCCCAUUCUCCGAUUCUUCACCCGCCAUUGAGCCUCAAGCUUAUGAGAACCAACGCAACGCCCAGAUGUCAAUCUUCGGCGCUAUCCUAGAUCCCUUCACACCCCUACACGCGUACUCAUCCUUCCUACCAGCAGCAGAGCUGCUCCUACCACCGUGGACGUGGCAAAAGGCCAUGGACACCAUGACAGCCUUCUUCCACGCAGGGCCAUUGACCAUGCCCGUCAACGAUGUCCCUGGGUAUCUUGAAACAGAGAAGCUGACGAGUAAGAACGCUCGGGAUAUCCCAAAGCGUAACUUACUGCUGCCUUCUCUUGGUGGAGGAGACUGGAGUUGGUUUCAGCCGUAUGCUGAGGACGAGGUCGCGGAAGGGGGAGAUGAGGAUCUACAGGCUGUUUAUAAUGCAUUUGGUAUUGAGAAGAAGGGUGAUUUGAUUAAGCCUGCGUUCCAGGAUGGACCGUAUGCUGCCGUUGAGGGGUUCUUGCAGUUAAGAAACCCGAUCGUUGCUCCGAGUAAUCCUCAGAAUGCAUGA